AAGUGAAUGUGAAUCUCUGAGCAUUCGGACUGGAGAGAACAACAACAGUAAAAUAAAAUGGCUUCUAAGUUCUCAGAGAAGGAUUUCUCCUGUCCUGUGUGCUAUGAAAUCUUCAAGGAUCCUCUUGUUCUGCAUUGCAGUCACAGUGUGUGUAAAGAGUGUUUGCAGCAGUUCUGGAAGACCAAAAGAUCCAAAGAAUGUCCUGUUUGUAGGACAAAGUCAUCUCGAGAUAAACCUCCCAGAAAUUUGGUCUUAAAAAACCUGUGUGAGGAUUUCUUACUGGAAAGAAGUCCGAGAUCUUCAUCAGGGUCUGAAACAGUCUGCAGUCUGCACAGUGAGACACUCAAACUCUUCUGUCUGGACGAUCAACAGCCAGUGUGUUUGGUGUGUCGGGAUUCAAGAACACACACCAACCACAAAUUCUGCCUCAUUGAUGAGAAAGUGACAGACUGUAAGGAGGAGCUCAAAACUGCACUGAAGGCCCUACAGGAAAAACUAAAGAUCUUUGCAGACUGUAAACUAAUCUGGAGUCAGACUGCAGAACAUAUAAAGAUUCAGACCCAACACACAGAGCGUCAGAUUAAGGAGCAGUUUGAGAAACUUCACCAGUUUCUACGAGAUGAAGAGGCAGUCAGGAUCACAGCACUGAGAGAGGAAGAGGAGCAGAAGAGUCAGAUGAUGAAGGAGAAGAAUGAGAAGCUGAGCAGAGACAUAUCAUCUGUUUCAGACACAAUCAGAGCCAUAGAAGAGGGGAUGAGAGCUGAAGACGUCCUGUUCUUACAAAACUACAAGGCCACAGUGAAAAGAGCCCAGUGCACACUGCAGCAUCCAGAGGAGCUUUCAGGAGCACUGAUCCAUGUGGCAAAUCAUCUGGCCAACCUGAAGUUCAGUGUCUGGGAGAAGAUGCAGAACAUUGUCCAAUACACACCUGUAACUCUGGACCCCAACACUGUUCAUCCUAAUCUCAUUGUAUCUGAUGAUUUGACCAGUGUGAGAUUCAGUGAUGAAGAACAGAAACUUCCUGAUAAUCCAGAGAGAUUUGAUAACUGGAAAUGUAUCAUGGGCUCUGAGGGCUUUAACUCAGGGACACACUGCUGGGAUGUUGAUGUUGGAGACUGUACAUGCUGGUUAGUGGGUGUAAUGAAAGAAUCUGCUCAGAGGAAGGGGGAGAUAACCUCCAGAAGUGGAAUCUGGGUUGUGCGGUAUUAUGAAGGUACAUAUAUUGCAGGUUCUACAGCACAGACAUUCACUCUCCUCUCAGUAGAACAGAAACUCCAGAGGAUCAGAGUGAAACUGGAUUGGGACAGAGGAAAGCUGUCAUUCUACAACCCUCUCACUAACACACACAUGCACACUUUUACACACACAUUUACUGACAAAUUACUGCCAUUAAUUUUUUGUUUUGGUAAUGAAACUCCUCUAAAGAUUGUCCCACUUCAGUGCUCCAUAAGAGUGAAUCAGAUCUGUUAGAGCUCAUAUUCUUUUAUUUCCAUUUAUGAAUGAAAUAUUGCAGAUUAAAAGAUUCAGAUUCUUGCGAAAGUGUGUUAAAAGUUGAAAGCACUCAUAAGUCCAUAACGUUUUUUUUCCUUCUUUUUUUUUAAAGCCCAUAAUCUAGCUACCUGAUAAGUAGCUUUUUAAAAGCAAAGAACAUCUUUAUAAAUUUGACCCAGUUAGUAUUAGUAAUAACGUUGUACUUGAUUUUAACUCAGAUGGACAUACUAAUAAAGUUUUGUGUGAAUAUUUUCUAGAAGAAUCUGUUAGUGUGUUGGUUGCGUUUGUUGUUGUUGUUGUUGUUGUUGUUUUUAAAAAACUUUAUUGCAAACAAAACAAGAACAACUAAAUGCAAAACAACUUACUCAGGGAGGAUAAAGGUAACUACGAAUAACAACAGGUAAACAAACACACAUACAUGCUCACAAACACCCCCCCCCACACACACACAUAAACUACAACAAAAACUAAAAAUGUAUAUAAAUACUAUAAAAUUCUCACAGCCUUUGAUUAAAAAAACAAUAACUCAAUAGAAUAUAUUCUUUCAAAAUAUUUACCAAUGUCAUUUUCAAAUACAACAAAGAGGGGUAUACUAUUAUUACAUUUAUUUUUAUAAUAAGAAACUUAGCAAUUAUAAUAAGUUUAUUAACUUUAUUAUAAAAUAUUAAUAAUUUUCCAUCUUGUAGUUGUUAUGGGUUACUGGGAUAGUUCCCUGCUAGACCACCAGAGGGAGUGCUGGCAGGAGUUUAUUCUCGAGACUACCACAGAGAUCUGGGUUCAAGCCCCAAGUCAGGGGGCAUCUCCUUUUACUGUUGCUCCUGAAUGUGCCCAAAACAAAACGGAAGCUUAGAGGGGUCCGUGCCUUUACUGUAGUAGCUCUUAAAAUGUGGAAUGAUUUGCCACUACCCAUUAGACAGGCCUCUUCUUUGUCUUCUUUUAAGUUGCUUCUUUAAACCCACCAUUUCUCCUUGGCCUGAUUUUGACAUUUUGUUUCUUAAUUUGUUUUCUUGUUUUUAUGUCUUGUAUGAGUUGGGUAUUUUAUGAUUAUAUAUUCUUCUGUACAGCACUUUGGUCAACUUUGGUUGUUUUUAAAGUGCUUUAUAAAUAAAGUUUGAUUGAUUGAUUGAUUACAGUAGUCAAAGAAACCAAAACAUUGUAUUUGAAAGAAAAGCAAAACUCAGGAAAGAACCUUUGGAUCAAAAGAAGCAUAUCUGAAUAAAAUGUAUUUUAAAAGUCCAAAACAAAUGCACAAUUGUUUCUGGAGCAGAGUUACAGAAACAGCAGGUGGUAUUAAUGUCCUUUUUAAAUCUCAGGGAAAUAAAGGAUUUGACAGGAGAAUAGAGAAAAGAGAGAGAACAGUAGAAGAACAGGUUUAAGUCAUACAGAAGAGAAAAUGUUGAUAGGUGUAACUGGUGUAGAAAGGAAAUUUGUUAAUUUAACCUGACCUGUCUUUUUUCUCUCUGUUUCUUUAAAAAAAAAAGAAUGGUUUAGUGAACUCCACAAAAUGUUGUAUAUAAUUAUUGUUCAUAGAUUAUAAUAUUAAAGUAGCGGAACCUCUCCUUGGGAAUUUGUUUGGGAGGGGAUGUUAUUGGUGAGACACUUUGGUGGGGCUCCCUCGUGUGUGCCAUGCGGUUGCCUCAGUCCGUUUCUGGAUGAGGCCGAUGACGCAUGUCCUUCUCGCUUCUCCCUUCAAUAUACAAAUAUUGUGGUAAUAUUUCUUCUCUAAAAUGCUUUGCCGCUAGGAGAAUGUGAUUUAAUACCAUAAUGAUUGAUUGCAUUAGUUAUGUUAAGGAUGUUUUGGGUAAUGUGUUUUUUUUCUUUUUAUUAUUUAACGAAAUAUACCACGUUGCUAACUGUUUAGCAUUGUGUGUACUAGUGUGUACUGGUGGAGGAGAAGCUGACGCCCCGUGUCUCAUCUUUUAUUUCUUUUCUUACAG